UAAGUUUAUUCUAAAUCGCACUCUUAAUUGUAUAUCAGAAUCUUUUGAUAAAAUUGAAGUAUUCAAAAUGUGCGUGGGCAAAUACUAGACGUUGAUUAGUUAUCUUAUAGGCAUAUUUUGAUAAUAACGUGGGUUCACUCGAGGAUGGUAAUAGGUCCGACAAGGAUCCUUAUACCUAUAUACGUGUUUAUCACCCCCAGCCACUUCGUGUCUUCUUCUUGAACUGCCACACACCCUUGCGAAGCUGGCCAGCUCCUCUAUUUUCUAUUAAAUCCUUUGUCUCAUACCCAUCUUCUACGUUUCUCUCUGUCAGGAGUAUCAUCGGCUGUCAUCAUGGAGUCCCAGCAAACGGCCCCUCAUCGCAACCACGCCCACCACCAUGACCCUCACAACGUCGCACUUUACCGAAGUGCGGAAGGGGAAGAAGAUGGGCAGCAUCAUGAAAAGAAAUCAGUGUUGAAGAAAGUUAAGGCAAAGGCUAAGAAGAUUAAGGACACGAUCACUAAGCAUGGACAUGCCCACGAUCACCAUGAGCCCGAGGAUCACGAAGAAGAAGAAGGUGGAGGAGCUGUGGCGGAUCCUGAACUUCAAGGGGCGCCAUUGUAUGAAGGCGCUGCAAUGAGGAGCGCUGUGGCCGGAAAAGGGCAGCAACAAGAUGUCGGAAUUGGAUUGCCGACAGAGGUGCACGAUCAGCCUCCUCCGGCUCCAAGAGGAACGGCAAGCCGUCCCUCUGCUGUUGAGCCAAACACGACCAUGUCUUUGUCCCCAUGGAGGUUGGAGGAGGGUCCUCAGGCGCCUAGAGACAAAGCUCCAUACCCUCACACACCUCAUAAUUCCGAGGUCAAAGCUUUGGAUCCAGCAAAAAGAGGGAACGAAAAAACAGGGGAUUCUCAGACAUUCGAUUCAUUUGCAAGAAUGAAGCUCAACAACGAAGACGUACAGACCCGUCCCGGCUUAGCUAGUGGAAUAGACCAAGGAAAUCAGAGUAGCUCCGGGGAAAAGAUAUCAGGCGCGGGUUCACCCAUGCUGGGUAAAGCAGAGGAAAACACAGACACCAACUCUUCUUCGCCAUUGGAGUAUGGAAGGAAGAUAGCUUUAGCAGUGACAGAGAAGCUGAAGCCAGGGGAGGAAGACAAAGCACUUUCAGAGGUGAUAUCGGAGGCUUACAACUCAAGUAAAGAGAAGGUAGUGAAAGCUGGAGAAAAUCAGCCCAAAGGGAAGGUAACAGAGUCCGAGGAGUUGACUCAGCGACUGGGGAGAGAGGAUAAUAAUGAAGGAACACAGAGAUACUCCCCAGCAACAUCCACCACUGCAGCGACGGUGAAGAAUAUGGCGGAUUUGGUGAGGGACAGUGUGGGGUCGUGGAUGGGGAAAGGUGGAGAUCCUAAUACUUCAUAAGGGGUUGAAGAAUUUACAGAUUCUCCGGCGGCGGGAGAGGAGGCGAAGUAGUCCGGCGAUUAACCGGGAUCAGUAGAGAUUUCGAUGUUUAAGAGAAAUACAUAUGCAUGUAUAUAUAUAUAUAUAUGGAAAAU